CCCCCCCCCCCCGCCCGCGGUUUGCUAACCAUAGAACGCUCUCCAUCAGAAGCCAGUAUUCACUGUAUCCGCUCUCCCCGGACCCCGCAUUCACUAUAUCCGCUCUCCCCGGACCCCGCAUUCACUAUAUCCGCUCUCCCCCGGACCCCGCAUUCACUAUAUCCGCUCUCCCCGGACCCCGCAUUCACUAUAUCCGCUCUCCCCGGACCCCGCAUUCACUAUAUCCGCUCUCCCCGGACCCCGCAUUCACUAUAUCCGCUCUCCCCGGGCCCCGCAUUCACUAUAUCCGCUCUCCCCGGACCCCGCAUUCACUAUAUCCGCUCUCCCCGGACCCCGCAUUCACUAUAUCCGCUCUCCCCGGACCCCGCAUUCACUAUAUCCGCUCUCCCCGGACCCCGCAUUCACUAUAUCCGCUCUCCCCGGACCCCGCAUUCACUAUAUCCGCUCUCCCCGGGCCCCGCAUUCACUAUAUCCGCUCUCCCCGGACCCCGCAUUCACUAUAUCCGCUCUCCCCGGACCCCGCAUUCACUAUAUCCGCUCUUUUCGGACCCCGCAUUCACUGUAUCCGCUCUCCCCGGACCCCGCAUUCACUAUAUCCGCUCUCCCCGGACCCCGCAUUCACUAUAUCCGCACUCCCCGGACCCCGCAUUCACUAUAUCCGCUCUCCCCGGACCCCGCAUUCACUAUAUCUGCUCUCCCCGGACCCCGCAUUCACUGUAUCCGCUCUCCCCGGACCCCGCAUUCACUAUAUCCGCUCUCCCCGGACCCCGCAUUUACUAUAUCCGCUCUCCCCCCCGACCCCGCAUUCCCUAUAUCCGCUCUCCCCGGACCCCGCAUUCCCUAUAUCCGCUCUCCCCGGACCCCGCAUUCACUAUAUCCGCUCUC